AUGACUAGUCAUGAAAGGCACGAAAUAAAACGCAUUAACCAAUAUUUAAUUACGCAAUUAAUAUCUCCCCGGAAAAAUAACGACACUGCGCCAUCAUUUAAUGAAAACCUAAACAUACUCUCACUCUUUCUCUCUCUCUCUCUCUCUCUCUCUUUUCUCUCGCUGCGCGUGUACCUGACUUCAACCCCCGCAACAAGAAGCCGCCGCCGUCCUCGCCGCCGCCAUCCUCGCCGUCGCCUCCCUCCCGGCCGCCGCAACCGCGAGGAGCCUCGUCGAAUCGGAAUAAACUGCGCGAUCAAUCCGCUCUCGUCGAAUCCUUCCCCUCCCAUUCUCGAAUGCCUACGGCACCCGAUUCUCCUCCCAACCACCACUCCCCGCGGCGGCGGCGGCGGCGGCGGCGGCGGCGGCAGCAGCGGCAGCCCCCGCUUCCGCCAGAGCUCCCUCCUCCCCUCCCCGUGGGCGCAGGUUGUCCGCGGCGGCGAGCAGCCGCCGCCGCCGCCCCCCGCCCGCGCCCGCGCCCGCGCCCGCGCCCGCGGCCGCUCCCGCCGAUCAGCCGCCGUCCCCGCCCGCGCCCCCGCCCCCGCCGCGGCGGAGCAGCCCCAGCAGCAGCGGCAGCCGCCUCCUUCCCCGCCGAAGCCGGCUCCGGCGGCGGCUCCCGACGAUCCCGCGGCCGAGGCGGAGGGCUGCGAUGCGAACGGGGGCAAUGCGGGUCCGUCGAGGCCGCCGAGCAAGCCGGCUUGGAAGAAGCCGGCGGCGGGCGACACCGUGGAGGCGGGUCCCGUGAUGGGGGAUUCCGUGGCUUGGCCUGCUCUGUCCGAGUCUGCUAGAGGUCCAGUCAAAUCGCCGCCAGUCGAAUCGACUCCCAAGGCCGUGCCUAAUGGAUCGGACUCCGGUUCUCAGGGGCCAAUUAUUCCUAAUUUGCCUGAGAGACAAGGUAGCAGCAGCAAUGGAAGCCCGAGAACAACGCCAAACCGCCCACAGCAGGUUCGUAGGAGGACGAAUAGACGAGGCGAUGGCAUGGGAGCAAGCAACGGCGGUGGGAACUGGCGACCACAAAGUGGCUACGCUCCACCGCCUCCUCCUCCUCCUUCACAACCUUUACCACGGCCGGUCCCUAUGUUUCAAAUGUCUCCAAAUCCUUACGUAAACUUUGUUCGUCCUGCACCGCCAGAUUUUUCCAAUGGAGAGCCUCCUUAUCGGGGGAAUAAUUGGGACGGCAGACCAACUGGAGGUCUCCCAUCUCGGCCACAGAUCAUGAAUGGUCACCCUGAAUCUUCUCAAAGGGCUCAUUCUUCUCACAAUAAUUAUGGGAAUAGGCGUGAUCAUGACCGUGGAAAUUACUCAGACGCAAGAGGCGUUCACUCUCAGCCACAUAGUGGUGCUCCAAGGGGCUUCGGGAGGCUUUCACCUCCACCAGUGAACUCUAUGGUAUAUAUGGGGCCGCAGCCUAUGAGACCCUUUGGAAUGCCUAUGGGUUAUGCUGAGAUGCCGUCUCCAUAUUAUUCUCCUGCAUUGCAUGUGGAUCCGUACACGGGAUGGUCAUAUCUGGUUCAUACGCCAACCACACCCAUGUUUCCGCCCAUGGCUGUACCAGAGAACACUCUGCCUGUGUCUGCCACCGAAAGCAAUGUGCCUGCAGCUGGGCAUGAGAACACUUUGCCCACAUCUUUGGUUGAUCAAAUAGAGUACUAUUUCAGUGACGAUAACUUGGUUAAAGACGUUUUUCUGAGAAGUAAUAUGGACGAGGAAGGUUGGGUUUCUAUUGAAAUCAUAGCAAAGUUCAGACGGGUUCAGGAAAUGACCAGAGACGUGAAGUUGAUACUGGAUUCAUUGAAAGCUUCAAGAAUUGUUGAAGUACAGGAUCAGAAAGUUAGGAGACGUGGUUCUGAUUGGAAGAAAUUCUUUCGAAUUGACGAGCCAAAUAAGCAGGUUGCCAUUGAGACUGAUUCACCUUCCCCUAGUGGAUAUGGUCACAACAAACUGGCAACUACUUUGGAGAAAUUUACGAUGGAGGAAGCAGAAACAGACGAUAACGUUGCUGGUGAGGCAGAUCUGCACUCUGAGGACAUGUCUGGAAGAAAUUCUUCUGAACCGACAGGCGCAUUGAAAAUCCCAAAUGGGGAGGUUACUGAGCGUUUGUCUUCAAGCAAAAAUUGAUGCUUAUAGAACCACAAAAGGUAGGCAUAAUGGUAUUGGAAAGGUGCCUCAUGGAGGGUUCUGGAAUGCCAAGUGGAGAUCAUCUUCCUUUUAUUUAUAUUUAUCUUUUCCGUCAGAGGCUGAGUGACAAUUUUAUGAGGUGGAUGGAGGAAGCUUAACAAACAUCUACAGGUUUUCUCCACUAAGGCUUAAGAAACUUUUAAUGAAAUGGAAAGAGGAGCUCAAAAGAACUAUAGGCGACUAGGUUGUACAGCUUGUUUUGGUAUUUAGAUUGUUUUGGAUGCUUCUUUGUAUUACUUAAGGUUUUAUGGUACGGUGGAACCUGUUUUAAGGGGUUUUUUUGGAGAGCAUUUUACUUUUUGAGAUUCUUAAGCUUCCUUGAUUCAGAUCAAAGUGCGUCCUUUUCAGGGUUGCAGUGGGAUGAAUCCUUUUUCGGGUUCUGCUGUUACUUGAGCAGGAGUAGGUCUUUUUCUGUACUCAUCUUUUGGCACACCAUUAACAAUACGCGAUUCUUUUAUUGUAGAAAUAUCUUCUUGCUUUGAUCAUCGAGUUA